GGCAGAUUAGAAUAUAUUAGUCAGCUCCAGACCUUUCUCGGCCAAAAACAUGUCGGAGCCAUUCCUGUAUUUAGGCGCAACUGACGACUUGGAAGCACAGUUAACUUGUGCUAUUUGUAACGAUAUCUUUACAGAUCCAAGGACACUGCCGUGUCUACAUACUUUCUGCUUUAAAUGCAUCAAAAGCUGGAACGAAGCUUGUCACAAAGAAAUGAAGAGGCUGAGAUGUCCAACUUGUAGAGCAGUAGUCAAGGUCGAAGAAGACGACAUCUCGAAGCUUCCUUCUUCGUUUACGUACAACUCGCUGCUUCAGCUUUUCAACGUCAUGAAGACCAAGACUGACGAACACAACCAACAGCAGCUUCCAGAGUGUGUAAGUUGCAACAAAMGAAGCGUAUUGGUUGGAUUUUGUGCUCAAUGUGAAGGAAUGAUUUGUAAUGAAUGCAUCAACCAACACAAAACAAUAAAGCCAUUGAUCAAAACCCAUCAAGCAACUCUGUGGAGUGAAUUCAAGACACAAAAUGUCAACAGCUACAUUAACAAUCAAGCCAUUUGCAAGGAAAAAUUUCACCAGAAAUGCCGUCUCGAUUACUACUGCAUAACGUGCAGAAAGUGUAUUUGUCAAAAAUGUGGUACAACAUCACACAGCAGGCAUGACAAGGCAAGCAUCGAGGAGGCAGCUGAAGAUGCUAAAAAGCUUAUCAGAAAAGAAAAGGAUCGACUCAAUGAGCUGCUUAGCGGUUACAAGAAUGAUUUUGAACAGUCCAAUGAAAAUAUGACAAGGAUUCAAAGCGAGGUUGACGUAGCAAAGGCAAAAGUACAAAAUGACAUACAAGCUAUAAUGAAGAUUCUACAAGACCGUCAAAACGCUUUGAUUGCUACCUUGGACGGCCUUCUUGCAGAACAAACAACAGCAAAUGAAUAUGAGAAAAAGGAGAUCAAUGCCAACAUUCAACAAGUCAGUGAACUGAAGCAUCAGUGUGAAACAAUGGAAGAGAAAAACUUAGAGAAAUUCAUAUUGGAAAGCUAUGAAAAUUUAUUAGAAGUUUGUAAAGCUACAGCGCAAAACAAGUCUGCUCUAUCGACCAAACCAGUCAACGUACGUUAUAUUCCAAACCCGGAAGUCAUCCCCUUGAUGCGAAAAUUCAAACUCGGCGAGGUAGUGGAAAGCGUGACAGAUCCGUCCCGUUGUUCUAUCGAAUCUCUAAGUGACGUCAGAUGUGGUUUUCUCAAUGAAUUUGUGAUCCUGACAAGAAAUUCACAAGGGGAUAUAUGCCAUACCUGGAAAGAUAUAAUUGAUGUACAAAUCCAAGAUGUUGAUGGCAACGAUGUUGAGAAAGAAAUGAUUGAAACUGAAACUGGAAGAUUUGUAGUGAAGUACAAAGCAGAUAAACCUUCACUGUACAAAGUUGURGUGAGUAUUGGAGAAAAACAAAUAACAAACUCACCACGGAACAUUGAGACAAUUGAUGCUAAAGCACAAUUUAAACCCUUGAAGAUAAUUGAUGUCAAAGAUAGAAUGUCCAGUCCUAUUGCACUUGAUGUAAGUUACAGUGGCGACAUUGCUGUGGUUAAUAAUAAUGAUUAUAGAAAGAAUGUCCGUGUUGUGUUGUUCAAUGCUGAUGGAGAGUAUUUGCGAGACAUUGGUGGUGCAGGAUCAGGAGAUGGUCAGCUGAGUAAUCCAUAUGGAGUAGUCUUCAUUGAGGACAAAAUAGUCAUCACCGAUAAUCCAGGUGAUUGCGGCUGUAUCAAGGUAUUUGACAUCGAUGGUACCUACAAAAGAACUCUUUUCAAACUACCUGAAGGAAUGGUAUUGAGAAGAAUGUGUACAGUCAAUAAAACCAUUGCGUGCUUGUGUUACAAUAAGAAUAAUAAAGAGACAUUUAUCAAGCACUUCGAUAAGCACAGUUAUGAUCACCUUCACGACAUCAAACUGGAUGUUCCUGACGAUGGUCAUGGGUCACCUUUCUCAUUAGCUUAUGACAACAAUAAGUACUUUGUAUCGUUCUUUGGUGUGAACAUUGUUUAUGUUUUUGACGAGAAUGGUGUUGUACUGUACACGUUUGGAAUGAAAGGCGACAAAGAAGGUCAGUUUGAUGGUUUACGUGGACUUGCUGUGUUUGGUAAAGAAAUGCUUCUUGUCUGUGAUCUAUAUAACCAACGCGUGCCAGUCUUCAGUCAAGACGGUCAGUUCAUAAGGUCCUUUGGUAGUAAAGAUGCAGGUCUUGGUCAAAUUAAUGGUCCGUAUGACGUUGCUGUUACGCCAGAUGGUCGAGUGUUUGUGGUUGAAUAUUGGGGCAAACGAGUGCAGGUGUGGAGAUGAGAUCUGUUGACUGCCUUCAUAGCGAUGUAUCCAUAAAAACAAAUAAUAAUACCUGUUACACGCCAAAUAUGUACAAUUGUAGUCAUAGAGAACAUGUCCUUAAUCAGUUAUACUCCGUAGCAGCAKAACGUUUGUUUCUAUUUAACAAUUAGACCUCGAGGUCGAGUGGACUGGUAUGGUAUACCUUUAUUUAACCACGGUUAAAACUUCAGCUACAUGACAUUAAAAGUAAAAAUAAAAAUUUUACAAGUAUUUGUCAAUACUGUUUUUCAAGUUUGCCGUGGGUGUGCACAGGAUUUAUAAGAAGAAUCCAUUUAGUUGCUUUUUAAAAUCAGCCAGCGACCUCGCUGUUCUAAGGCCGAGUUCGCGAGGCCCAAUCGGCUAUUUGCUCGUAGCCCACUCAACCUCGAGUUCUAAUUGUUUUAGUAUAAACAUAUAAUCGGUCAAAUAAUGAAAGCAAAUUGAUAUAUCCUUAAAAGAAUKUAUUCAUGAGAUUGAUUUUCCCGCGAGUGGUCUAGCGCAAAUUAGACCAUUAGUAGAGUAGCCAAUCACAGCGCAGUAUGAGUGAUAAACCAUUAAUAUGUUUAUGAGGGGUUGCAACUUAAAAAGGGUCUUAAAGACUGAGACCCCUUUGAUGACGCAACAGUUUUAUAUGCAGUCCAAAGCAAAAGAUUUAUGAAUAAGACCCCUUUUCAGCUGAAACCUCUCAUCUCGUCCUUCAGUAGCAGGAAUGGGCGUAACCCUAAGCUACCGUAAUGACUUGUCGCACGAUAGGCUUGACGCUGAGGUAGUAAUGAAAAGCGCUAUUGAAGUUUCUGUGCUAUUGAGACCUGAAAGCAACACAGAAUGUACAU